AAAUGGGCGAGUGUGCUGCUGAGAGUGCGAUGGUCGUUGGCACGGAUGAAGCGCGCCGCCGUCGGCGCCUGUUGGCGUUCGGAAAUCCCAUGGUGGACGUGCUGUUGCAUGUAACAAGCGAGGUGGACCCGCAUCCAACACGACCAUGACGUGCUGUGACGUUUAGAGCACUGUAGUUCGUGUCGUCGCACAACCUGAUCCACGGAGAAGCAAUUCAAGCCCAUGUCCCGGACGAUGCAAGGCAGCGAUUACUCAACGAAGCACUGGCCGUGCCAGGAAUGAUUCGUGCCGCUGGUGGGUCUGCCCUGAACUCGGCCCGCACGAUUCAGUGCCUACUUCCACCCAUGUCGAGUGUAUUUGUGGGAGCAGUCGGCGAUGACUCGAACGGCGCAUUCCUUUUCCACGAGUCGUCGAAACAAGGUGUCGAGAUGCAUCUGCAGACCGUCCCAAACAUGGCAACAUCGACGUGCGUGUGCUACAUCACCCCCGAUCAUGAACGAACGUUGGUCGUCCAUGGCGCGGCACACCACCACUACACGUUCAACGCGACCUUUGUCGCCGCGCUCGACACCGUCGACAUCGUCUACAUCGUGUCGUUUGUGCUGUCAGCGUCCACUCGAUACGAGUGUGCCGUCCAUGCGGCGACGCAUCUUCGUCCGAACCAGCUCUUGUGCAUGAACUUGUCGUCGACGAAUCUCUUGCACAAACCUGUCGUGAUGGAGAGGCUGUUGACCCUCUUGCCAUCGACGCAUGUCGUCCUCGGCAACGCCAACGAGUUCCGAGCCCUUGCCAUCGCGCUCGACAUCCCCGACACAUCCAUGCCAGCGCUAGCCCAAGCCAUCGCGACCCAUCCCGCCGUGUCGGACCAUAUUCUGUUGAUCGUGACGGAUGCUGCCAACCCAACGUGGGUGGUUCACAAAUCCGAGAGCAUGGCUUGUCCAGUCCAACGUGUUCAGGACAGCACGGCUUUUGUUGUGCGCGACACUACUGGCGCUGGCGAUGCGUUUGUCGGAGGCUUCUUGGCGGGCCUCAUGACAAACUGCAACGUGCGCGCGUGUGUGGAGCUCGGGCACGUGUGUGCCCGGCGGUGUGUGCAGCAAAUGGGGUGCCAGAUUCAAUUGACGGCGGGCGAACGUAAUCGGUGCCAGGACAUCAUCCAAGCCGCCAGAACCGCCGACGCAGACGCGUUGCCGCUGUUUACGUGGCUCGAACGCAAACGAGCGCUGACUUCGUAGCCGACCACUUGGCGAGUUUGACAGGAAUGCGCCAAUAUUGCAAUUGUUCAUGAAAAAGCCCCGCGGUUCCGUUGGCCAUCCCCAAUAUCAUGGACGCGCUCGUGGCCUUGAUCUCUCGGUGAAUCACGUCCUUGGCUUGUGCAAACACGCGCAUGCGAGCGCAACGACUUCACGCGCCGGCAGCUCUUCCGAGAACCGUCGGACCUCUUGUGCAGUUCGCCCCGGGCCAGAGACUCGGCAAUGUGGUCGAUGUGCUGUUGGCAUAGCGUACCCAUAUAGCCGCAGGAUGAUUUUGUGGCGCAAGUGUGAUAGAGCCGCAAUAUUUCCCGACAAAGCUGGUGCUCCACGUUUGCCUUGGUCGGCUGCGCCGCAUAUUCGAGAACCGUGAGCGCCACGAAGUACUGCGACAUAUUCCCCCGAAUCGAGAAUACGCCGCAUGGCCUCGGCACUCAUCUUCCAUUCGCAGGUGGCCUUGGACGAGGAUGCUGUGGCGUGUGCAUCGGUAGAGAGCGCUGCUUGUGCUCUAGAGCGAGCUGUAUUGCUCGACGAAUGUGUGAAGAAUGCUGCUGCAUGUGCCAAAGUUGUGCCAUGCCGGGUGGGAUGUCG